UAUUUACACCCUGGUGGUGACACUCUUUGUCUCAUUUAUAUUCUCUUCGCUCUUACACUUAAACCAUUUCUCGCAAAUCAAUGGCCGAAACCUCCGAACCACCGUGGCAACGCCAGAGGCUAGAGCCACCCACCGCCACCGCCGACGACAGAAUCAGCCACCUCCCGGACGUCCUGCUCACCCAAAUCCUCUCCCUUCUGCCAACCAAACAAUCCGUCAACACCGGCAUUCUGUCUAAGAGGUGGCGCAAUCUCUGGGCCACCGUCGAAGUCCUCGACUUCGACGACGAGACACCAUUGGACCGGCGCGAAUCGUGGACCGGUUCAAGCCGUAGGUACGAGUCCAGAGCCCAUAACAAGACCGGGUUCGCUGAAUUCGUUUACUCCGUAUUACUUCUCCACGAUGCCGGGAAGAUUAAGCGGUUCCGCCUCCGUUGUGGGGCCCAACCUAACUGCUCGGAGCUCGACAUCGCCACGUGGGUUACCCACGUGAUUCGGCGGGGCGUGGAGGACUUGGAGCUCAGUAUCUCGCUUACGCGUUACGUGACUUUGCCGCGGCGGCUCUUCAAUUGCGACACCGUUUCGGUGUUGAAGCUCAAUGGGGUGUUCCUCAACGCGCUCGCAACGUUCUCGGUGAGUCUUCCUGUGGUUAGGGUUUUGCAUGUUGGGGAUAGGGUUGUGUUUGGGUCCCACGAUUAUGUCUUCAAGCUUCUCGCUGGGUGCCCUGUUCUUGAGGACUUGGUGCUCGAAUCGACCUUCAAUGAUAUCUGUGGUGGACGCGUUUGCUUCAAAGGGAAAUUCGAGCUGAAUUUGAAACGCUUGUUUCGUGCAAAAAUUGGGUUUUCUUGGAGGGAUUCAUGCCAGAGGUCGAUGCUCAAGGUUUUCCAAGAACUUUCUAAUGUUCGGUGUCUUUCACUUUCGUCCUCCACCGUUGAGUGUCUGCAGUAUGCUACUUCCAGUGAAAUUCCGGUGUUAGACAAUUUAGUACAAUUGGAAAUUUCAUUUGGGAACUAUGCUUGGGAUUUGUUAUCAAACUUGCUUCAACGUUCCCACAAGCUUGAAGUUCUUGUCAUUUAUAAGGAAUCACGAGUAUAUGAACAGGAACAAGAGCCGAAAUGGAUCCUUCCACUGAUUGUUCCUGAAUGCCUUUUGUUGCAUCUCAAAACAUUCUGCUUUAAAGAGUAUCGAGGAUUGAAAACUGAGAUGGAUUUUGUGCGCUAUAUUGUGCUAAAUGCAAGAGUGUUGGAGACAAUGACAAUCUAUAUUGCAAGUUCCUUAGGUUUAGAGGAAAAGCUCCAAAUUCGCAGACAAUUAUCUGUACUUCGAAUGAACUUUGAAACCUGUCAAAUUGUAAUUCAUUGAACCUUAUGUCUUAAAAGGUAUGUUUUUUCGUA